CAAAGAAGAGGAAGAAUAUAAAUAAUAAGAAGACGGAUCUAAAUUGAACUUAGCAGUAUUUUGAUUCGACAAAAAUGGUUUGUCGUCUCUGUUUGGAAGACUCACAUGAUAGUUUUGAUAUAUUCUCCGACAAUGCAGAAACUGAAGUUGCAAAAAUUAUUGCUAAAUACUUUCAUUUUGAGGUACAACCAAGUGAUAUUAUUUCCAAUAAGAUUUGUGCAGAGUGUUGGGAAUGUACAUCGGUUUUCCACAGAUUUUGGUUAAAAAUAGAUGAAAAACAGAAAACAUUGCAAACACAUAUAGUGUGCGCGCAAAUAAAACAAGAUGUGGAUGAUUUUCAACUGGAACUCACCAGUGCCGAUGUAAAAUCUCCUAUUGACACAAAAAAUAAUGAAUUACGAGAACCAGAGAUAGACUUGGUAGUACAUCCGAUAAUAUCUACAGAUGGAUUGGAAUUUAAUGCUGUUGAAAUGAAGGAUGAUGUUCUAUCAAGCCAUCGAGACUCAUUGCCUUCUCCUACACAAUCAUAUACAGAUGAAGUUUCAGAAGAAAAUGUAAUGGAAUUAAGAUCUACUAAAAAGCGGAAAUAUUCGAAAAGAGGCACCAAACAGAAAAAAAUAGAUAAAGAAAGUAUUGAUAAAACUCGUUGUUCAAAGAAAAGAAAGGGGAAAAUAAAACGUGAAGUUAAUAUUGAAAAGGAUAAUUUAAAACUAGAAGACAAAGUCGUUAAAAAACAUAAUACAAAAACUUUGAUACGGGAAUUAGACGAGUUCAUAGCAGAGAACACACAAUUAUCUUGUUGCUUAUGUGCUGCAUCACUUAAAGAUUUCACAGAUUUAAAGAAACAUUUUCGACAAGAACAUCAGUGUGUAGGCUAUAUACCUUGUUGUAAUAAUCGGUAUAGAAAACGGACUUUAUAUGUGGACCAUCUAAAACUUCAUAAAGACCCAGAUUUUUUCAAAUGUACACUCUGUAAUAAGCAAUUAGCAAGCAGAAAUAACUACCAAAAUCAUAUGGACAGUAUACAUCCAGACGCAGACAGUUUACUGUAUCCCUGUAAAUUAUGUCCCAGAAAGUUUGCUAAGCAGUACAUUUUAGACUAUCACAUAAAGUCUAGCCAUACUACAGAGCGAAAUUAUAUUUGCAAAACCUGCAAUAAGGGAUUCGUAAGUUCUGCAGUUCUAAAACAGCAUGAAAAAGCAGUACAUUUAAAUGAAUACGACUCUGUUUGUGAAGUUUGCGGCAAGUGUCUUAAAACUGCCCAAAAUCUUUUGUCUCACAUGGAGGCCAUUCAUAAUACAGAACCUCGACCGGAAGAACAAUGUAAAAUCUGUCUUAAGUGGUUGAAAAAUGCACGCUGUGUAAAAAAACACAUGAUCAUACAUCGAGACCAAGCGUCCGGACAAGAGUUCAAGUGUCCUCAGUGUGGUAUGGAAAAAAAUACACGUCAUGCGCUUUCUGCUCAUAUCCGAUAUCAUCACUCGGAUAAAGUUUUUACAUGCACAAUGUGCAAUAAAGAAUUUAAAAAUCCCCGCGCAUUGAGGGAACAUGAAACUACACAUACUGGAACCCAUUUGUAUACCUGUUCCUUUUGUCCAAAGAUGUUUAGGUCUCAUGGAAAUAUGCACAAACAUAAGGUCAAUAAUCAUUCAAAUGAGUGGGUUCGUAAACGGUCGCAACCAAGCGAGAUUACCAAAAGCUUGUUAAAUAUUUUACCACCUGAUGGAGAACAAAUUUGAAGAGUCAAUAAAUUAUUAAGAUUUCUAUGAAUUA